AUGAAGACUUCAGCUCCUGCAUGGAGUAUUUUUAGUAGAAAAAAUUAUAAACAUUUCGAAAAUGUCCCUGGGCCAGGAUCAUAUAACCCAAUUACUUAUUUACUUGAUGGAGGACCAAAUUUUGGAUUUGGAAGAUCGGCAAGACCUUCGAUCAUAGGAAAGCAAAGCUCGCCUGGACCAGGAUCAUAUAUUCCUCGGGCUGUAACUCCUAAUGCAAGACGACCAGUGUAAUUAUUAUGCAGAUUUGGCAGAUCUUAUAGACUUCCAAUUAACAGCCUUAAUGACACACCUGGACCUGGAAGUUACGAGCAUCGGCCUAAAAGCGAAGGGCCAUCAUAUAGCUUGUAUGGGCGAUCUAAACGAGAUAAACAAAAUAGCUCUCCAGGCCCUGGGCACUAUAGUCCUAAUUUAUCAACAAUAGACAAUUUACCAGCCCCAAAGAUGGGAAAAGCUAAAAGAGGUGCAGAUCUAUCAUUAUCCACCUUUCCAGGACCUGGAAGCUAUCAGCUGAAAAGUACACUUGAAGGUCCGAAAUGGGGACUUGGGUAUGGAGGAAGAAGCAAUUUAAAGCCUACAGGAACUCCAGGGCCAGGAACAUAUGAUCUGAAAUCAACAAUAUCAAAUCUUCCAUCAUAUAGCCAAUCUAACAUAAAUAAUUAA